AUGUCCGAAGUAGUCUACAACAACGACACCCGCUACCCCGGCCCUCCCUCACACCCAUCUCCCCCUGAAGUCACCGGACUUCCCACGCAAGCAGAGCUCGAUGCCUAUCCGCGCUUGUUCACCUGGGGCGAGCUCAAGGAGAUUAUUCGGAGUGGGGAUCUUGGGCAGCUGAUGAGGAAUAAGGAGAUGCAGUGGAAGUAUGAUCAGUGGAGUGUUGGUAUGAAGGCGCAGUUUGGGUCUACGGAGAAAUACCUUACAAACAACCGUCUUCCAUUCCCCAAACAGUCCUCCGACUCUAUCGGCCUCGCCGCCCACACCGCCCACCUCAACCUCUCUACCCCCUCUGUAUCCGGCACUUCCACCCCUCGCUCUGUCGGCUUUGCUUCCCUGGACUCCCGCGGUGAAGAAGAGCCAGAGUAUCUAAAGUGGACAGGCGAGCUAGACCCGGAAAAGUACGCCGUAUUGCCGAAUGACUGGCCGUAUUGUGUUCCUUAUGGUGUGAGGCAUUUCUGUGUUUGGUCCAGGAUCCCGAUCGGACAUCCGCAUUUGGUGGACUAUGACCCGGAAGCAUGGGCGAUCAUCGAAGAUCAAGGUCUCGGCGGGUUUACUGGCGUGGCACCUGUUACUUUUCCCGCCACCCCUCCCGAAUUCACUUCCCUCCAAGAACCCCCUUCUUCCACCGCGGAUAGUCUCCCUGCUGCUUUAGGCCGCGGAGCCGUCGACGGCGCAGGCGACCGCCUAACUUCCGACUGGUACAACACCGACGUCCUGCACGGUGGGAAAGAGCUCCGCAAAUGGGCUGGGGUGAAGUACGAGAGUCGGGGAGGGGAGGAGGUGGGGAGGAUGGUUAGGGGGUUGUGGGAUGAGAGGGGGUGGGAGUGUUUGUUUUUCGUUAAUCCGCCUAGACUCCAAUCCGUCCCUGGCUUUUCCCAUUUCCACGUGUUUGCGCGGAGAAAGACGCCGGAGGAGAUUGAUGCUGCUGAGAAAGUUUGGGAGGGGGCGCUAUAA